UUGGUAUAUCAAUAGAAAAAUAAUGACACGAAAGUUAAUUCUAUCGUAGAAAAACAGCAAAUUCUUCAUGUUUGAAACUAUCGCGAAAAGGAAAAAAGUAUGACACAGCCGACAGUUGACGUCCUAUUCACAUUAUUUUAUGUUUUUUUCUCAUUCUGUUUGAUGUCUCCGCCAUCCGAGUUUGUUUCUGCUGGAAUAACUAUCCAGAAUCUGCUGUCAAAUUACCUUGGCAGUGAAGAAAUGCAUUUUAUAUAUUAUCACAUCAAACGUACAACAGCAACAGUAGUGAUCCACUCAUUUUUCCCUUUGGGUUACUAUAUUGGAUCUGGAUUGUUUUCCCCACAAAAAAACCUAUUUGACCUAUGGAGUUUAUCAUUGUUUUGGAGGACAUAUCUGGCUCUCAGCAUUGCCAUUAUUCUGCUGGCAUUACUCACAGCUUAUUAUUGGUCAUUACGAAAGUGGAACAACCAUCCAAUAGCACAACAGCUUGGUUACCUGCAGGGAAACAACGAUUCGUGGAGAACAGUGGCAUCUUCCAUCAAUAUUGAGUUCCGUCGUUUCGACAAGUUUACAACAGGACCCCAUGGUCAGCGAGUCAUUGUCACAGAUUCCUGGGUGAUAAAAACUGGAGCUUAUUUCCUUCAUGUUGCUCACCAGAAUGACAUCCAUCUGACUCUGUCAAAUUCUGAAGAACAUUCGCUCUCAUAUGAAAACUUAUCUUCUGUGCAAUAUAUCAAUUUUUCUGUAUCAAGUGUUAAUCCAAAAAUAAAGCCUUUCACAAUUAGGUUAAACUCCCUGGAGUACCGUGACUUGAAGGAUAAGUUGCAGACCCCAGUACGGAAUGCAAGGAAUGUGGUUAUACAACAAUCUCUCAGUGACAAGUUCCUGGAGGCCUUCAAGGAUCAGAUCAGAGACAAUGUAGACUUCCACCCACCCCCUAGUUUGGAGAUAGAGACAUGUAUUGGGUGUAUGCAGAAACAAGCAGAUGUAAAACUGGUGAAGCUCUGUGACAAUGCCACUCAGGGAGACUGUGUCCAGUGUUUCUGUCGACCCAUGUGGUGCCUCGAGUGUCUCAGUAAAUGGUUUGCCAGUCGACAGGACCAGCAGCACCCGGAGACCUGGCUUGGCAGCAAGUCCCCCUGUCCCACAUGUCGGGCUACCUUCUGUGUCCUUGAUGUCUGCACCAUCGUGAAAACAUGAAACAGUCAUUGAAUAGCAUAUCAUUCCGUUUGUGAUGUUUGUUCUGGAAAGCUUGUUGAAUGUUAUAUUAUCUCAAGAGGUAUAUAUGUAAGCUUUGUGUCCAGGGCUAUGCAUUGGCCAGAUUUUUUAAAACACCAUUGGAAUCAACUCUUGUGUUGUGACUGAAGCAAAAAUUUUAACAGAACCAGUUGGGACCAGACAGUUUAAGACAUGUCAUCAUUUAGUUGGGAGAAUUCCAAGAGUCACAUGAUCCUUUAACUCACAGAUUCAUUUUUGAAAAAGUGAUGUUGAAGACACUUCAUCAUUUGAGAUUUUGAAUUCACAUUGUGAAAACAUGUAUGUACUUGGCUAAAGUGAUGCAUCAUCUGAUAAUUAAGCUUUAAAUAUUUCAGGAAUUUUGUGCAUUUUCACUGAGUUUUCUAGUGUAAAAUAUAUGCCGCAAUAUUUUACUGAUAAGGCUUUAUUUGUAAUUAUAACAAAAUGUCAGUUGUUUCAUUCAAAAUCUUAUAAGAUUUUAUUGAAAUUUUAGGCAACAUGAGAUUUUAAUAAAUUAUUGUUUUUGGUAA